GGUAAGCGCACCGAAGGAAGCUCUAUAAAGGCGUGCUUCGCGAGUACCUGGCUUCUUCCUUCCCCCAUCCCAUCAUGGCGCCACCCGGACCUGCGUUCCUUGUCAAGAUCCUUCCACGCCUGGUAUACCCCUCCGUUAUUGCGUAUGGCUGUCUGCGCGUGCUGGGGAAUGCCUGGGAGGUCAAGAUUCCCGCUUGGGUGGGCGCAUGUGUCGUCAUACUCGUGAACCCUGUCCUUUGGACGAUCCAAGGCAUCCUCAAGGAGAUCCAGACGCGCAACAAGGCCGCCGCUGCUGGUGCUGACCUCCCUCCGCUCGUUCCGAGCGAGCUGCCUUGGGGGCUUAGCCACCUCGUCGCACUACGCAAGUCAGCCAAAGAAGGCCUUCUCGCUUACAUCUUCGACUCGUGGGCCAAGAAAGUGGGGAGCGCCGUCUACCGAGUCAACCUACAGGGCGAUGUUCGGAUAGUAACCCUUGAGCCUGACCAUGUCAAGGCUAUCCUUGCCACCCGAUUCGAGGACUUUGACAAGGGUCCGGUCUUAUACGACCUGCUCUAUUCGCUGCUUGGUAGCGGCGUCUUCAACUCUGAUGGCGAGAUGUGGAAGUUCCACCGGACAAUGACGCGCCCGUUCUUCAAUAAGGAGAAGAUCGCCCACUUCGACAACUUCGACCGACACGCGGAUGAUACCAUCCGCCAGGCGAAGACGCGCCUCGCCGAGGGUCACCCCAUUGACUUCCAGGACAUGGUCGCGCGCUUCACGCUCGACUCCGCCACCGAGUUCCUCUUCGGGCACGACGUCAACUCGUCCGGCGCGGGCCUCCCGUACCCGCCUGGCUCCGCGCACGCCAACUCGCCUGAGUUCUUGAACCACCCGUCGAACCGCUUCGUGCACGCGUUUGCUGAGGGCCAGGAUAUGACGGCUAUGCGCUCGCGGGCUGGCGCGGCGUGGCGGCUGCUUGAGUUCUGGAAGGACCAGGUCAAGCCGUGCAGGGAUGUCGUCGAUGACUUUGUACGCGAAAUCCUCGCUGAUCCGAGCCGCACCAAAGUGGACAUCGAGGCUAGGGAGGGCGGCGCUGAGCCGAAGCCGCGCGAGGAUGACUCGCUGCUGGACCAUCUUGUCAAGUUCACGCAGGACCGUAAUAUCCUUGCGGACGAGAUCGUCAACCUUCUCGUCGCGGGCCGCGAUACUACUGCGGGAACGCUCACCUACGGAAUCUACAAGCUGGCUCAACACCCUGACAUCGCGAACAAGCUUCGCGCCGAAAUCCUUGACAAGGUCGGUCCCACGAGGCGGCCCACGUACGACGAUAUCCGCGAUAUGAAGUAUCUGCGGGCCUUCUUGAACGAGGUCCUCCGGCUAUACCCCAUCGUUCCUGUCAACAGUAGGACCGCAAAUAAGGAUACCCUUCUCCCAUACAAGGACGUCUCCCGGCGCCCGAUCUUCGUGCCCAAAGGGACGAGAUGCUUGUAUAGCGUAUUUUUGAUGCACAGGCGCACUGAUCUUUGGGGCCCGGAUGCUGGCAAAUUUGACCCUGAGCGCUUCAUUGACGACCGUGUGCACAAGUACCUGACGCACAACCCGUACAUCUUCGUUCCCUUCAAUGCAGGCCCGCGUAUCUGCCUUGGCCAGCAGUUCGCGUACAACGAGAUGUCCUUCUUCCUCAUCCGCCUGUUGCAGAACUUCACUGGCUUUGCGUUGGCCGACGAUGCUCAGCCGCAGGAAUCCAUCGCGGACUUCCGCACCACGGAUACACCCGACGCGGAGCUGGAGAAGCGUGUAUUCGCCGCGCACUUGACAAUGUAUCUCAAGGACGGCUUGUGGGUAAGGAUGGCGGAGGCACCGACGAUGGAAAAGUAAGCUGUGUAACUUUGGUGUAGAAAUUGAUUUCUCUCGAAUCGAUGGCCUGUACGCGCAUAACGCGCUGUAGACACUUACUAUGCUCUAUAUUAUUACCAAUAUUCUCAUUCUGAUGUGGAGGGUGAACGCG